AUGAAGACUGCACUGCUGCUAUCUGUAUUGUGCGCUGCCAUGGCAGUGACUGCAUCUUUAACUUGUGGAAAUGCCACGUGUGGAAAUGAUGAGGCUUGUAACAGCGGUGCCACUGACUGCCUGUGCAAUAACACUUACUAUACAUAUUCAGCUGCCAAUCCAUCUCCAAAUGUUACUUGUGAUGGAGGAAAAUUUAAUAUAUUGGUGCCAAAGUGCUGGCUGGAAAAAAACCGUUAUGAUACAACAAAUAUAAGGCUAGAAAACACCAGUUGUUUGGCCCUAAGAGAGGUUGUGAAUGGAAUAGCGCAGAUGGGUAUUCAUCGAGCACUGGACACUACUGAUUGCGGCACUACUUCUGAGUCAAACGCGACUCAUGUCACAUACAGCAAUCGGCUGUAUAUUUUUGCCAAGAUGUCUCCAAUUAUAACACGAAAAAAUGUUGUCAUGAACAUUUCCUGCACAUACCCGCUGAAUAGUAAUAACGUCACUUUUAAUAUUUCACUGAAUCCAGUUCUUGGGAGCACAGAAAUAACCGUUCCUGGUUCAAGCGCAAGUUUUACAGUUAACAUGGUGGCCUAUACAGAUGACACCUUUACUACCGCUCUCUCAUCUACUACUGAUCUCUACGUGGAACAAAUUAUCUACAUUUCAGUGAUCAUACCAGAACUGGAUGUUGGCUCCUUUAAACUCAAAGUGGUGAGGAUUUAUGCCACUGGUGAUGGAUCAAAUGCGACCCAGUACAAUCUUCUUGUGGAUGAGUGCCCAGCUACCGGUAUAACUGCUGACCUGCUAUACGUGAUAAACAAUGGAAAUAAUAAUGAAGCUCGGUUUCGAAUGAAAGUCUUCCAGAUUGCUGGUUCUAGCAGUGUCCGUCUCUUUGCCGAUGUUGUAGUCUGCAAAGCCUCAGAUACUAGUUGUGCCCGGAACUGCACCGCUCAAUCCAAAUCAGCUAAAUCCGAGGAAAGUGGAGCAACCGUCAGUGUCAUUUUGCAGCCAUCCGAACGCUUUGCAGAUUUCAGUUCUGCUAGCAGUUUCUCCAUGCCCUGGACUUUGCCUGCUCUGCUUUUCUCUUGGAUCUUGGUGAAGCUGAUAUGCCUGGAUGACAUACUGACCCACCCCUAUCAAGAGUCGAUAUUGCGUCAGAUCAAUGAGUCAGUCGCUCGACGUUCCACAACGAUAGAACGCCGAGUGACUGACUCACCUGUGAUUAUGAGGAGGCGCCGCACCCAGUGGGAGGAGUCGGCCGUGACAUCACAGCCGAGACGUCGGGCCGCGGCGACGGCGCUCCGGUCCGGAAAAGCGCAUUUCAUGUACCUAAGUCUUCUAUCUGUGCUGCUUGCUGGUGCCGCUUCCAUGAGGAAGACCAUAGUCUGUGCCAACACCAACCUGUCCCACUGUGAUGGUGUCUUCUCAUUGUGA